AUGUCGUCUUCAGUGUCGGCUGGCAUCUCGUCUUCUGAGUUCGAUAAGCUGUGUUAUGAAUUUGAGGGCGCACUCAUCCUCGACGACUCGGGGGACAUCAAUUGUGAUGCCGAAGCCAGGUACUUUGGCCCGACAAGCGGGCGCCUCGAGCUGCCCGUCGCUCAGGACAAGCCAGAUCAACUACUCAAGACACCAACAAAGCCGUUCGUCAGGGACAUCUCAAUGUUGAACGCCUACAUUGUUGAUGACUCUCUCAUGCAGUUUCAGGAUCUUUACGUGCCAGUGCAACCGUCCCCCAGCAUCACCCCGCCAUCGCUCACCAGUCGUUCCCCUGCAGCGCCAUCGCCAGAGACCUUGACGUCUGAUGAGCUUCAGUCCCAUCUGGUAGAUCUCUAUUUUGCAUGGGACAACCCGUGGCACAAUAUUCUGAACGAGGGUCGGUUUCGUCACGCCAUGAAGCACAACACCAAGUGCUUUAGCCUCGUACUCUUAAACUCCGUGCUCGCUAUGGGGUCUCGGUACUCGGACCGGGUCGAUGUUCGCUCGGAUCCAGAGGACGGGAACACGGCUGGUCAACCCUACCUGGAGGUGGCUGAAAGGUUGAUCCAGAAAGAACUCCAACACCCUCGGAUCGCCACGGUCCAAUCAUUAGCCAUCAUGGGGGUGCUAUACGCUGCUAUGGGGAGAGACGCCUGUGGCUAUUUGCACCAAGGCAUGGCCAACCGCCUGGCCCUCGAUAUGGGUCUCAACAUCGACCCGAUCACACUGACGGGUUCACGAUGCAUGUCAGAUGAGGAUGCAAACAGCCGGAGACAGCUGUACUGGGCGCUCUAUUGCUUGGAUAAGCAAUCUGCCAUAUAUACGGGACGCGUUUGCACCAUGCUGGUAGGUCGCAUGCCUUCGCCCCCUCGUGUCGCACGCGACGCUGGCGUACAGAACCCUAUACUGAACGAUACCAUGCAGGACUCGCAAGCCUGUGUCAAUUACCCCUCAGGGCCAGAACUGGAGAGUUCCCUACCAACCCUCAAACAACCAGCCUACAAAUCUCAUAAUCCUCUGCUGCGAGCUCUCAGUACAUUGUCGCAGAUGCUGGAGAAGGUUUUGCUGCACCUGUACGCCCCCGAUCUUUGA